UUUAUCGGAUGCCACAAACCAGAUUCAAUAAAAUGUGGUGCUCCCUAUAUUCCUCAUCAUGCCAUGGUGGAAGAUCUCCGUCUGAAUUACAACCACGGUGACAGUGUGAAUGUAACGUGUAAUACCAGUGAUGCUUUCUUCCCCCUUCAAUGUCAUGACAAAGGAUUGUGGAGCGGGCCACUUGCGUCUUGUCCAGAACCAAAGAGUGCUCCAUCAGUUGACUCUUGCACUGCCCCAGCAGUGCCAAUUGAUUCAACCAUUCAGAAUCUUCGUCUCUCAUACAAAAACGGUGACAGGAUGAACGUGACAUGUAACGAGGGUCCUGAGUGGUUUCCCGUGACAUGUGAGGAUGGAACAUGGACAGGCCAAAACAUAGUGUGCCCUGUCCCUGCCAUAGAAUGCAAUCAACCAAUCAUCUCUGCCGACGCAUACAUUGGAAAUGUUAAGCCUCGCUACAAGAAUGGUGACCAAGUGAACAUCACAUGUAACGUCGAUUCUGUUUCUUUAAUUUGGGAAUGUCAGCGAGAUGGCUUGUGGCGUGGGCCUCCCUUCGAAUGUUCCCGUACUCAUCCACCGCCUGAAGGGCAACAACCAUCAUCCCCGGGGCGCUUUACAAGACCUAAUACUGAUCACGAUGGAAGAGAUUACUUUAUCACCGGCCUUCUGGUUACAGCUGUCAUCUUAUUCAUCCUUGUUCUGAUGUGUAUGGCUGUGUUUGUUAUCUUCAUGAGAAAUCGUGGGUACGAUUUAGUAACGUCAUCGAAAGACGCUCUUCAAGAUGAGAAUGGAUCUAGAGGACCUCUUCCUGACGUUCCUGAAGGAUAUGCUAACUACGUUGCUGGUGAACAGUCACUCUAUGUCGAACCAUAUCUCAAACAAAAUGGAGAUCACAUUCCAGCCUAUGAAGUCUACGAAAAACCAGUUUGAUUAAUUUAUCCUCGACAACGUAAAUAGCUAAUCACUAUCAGUGUUAGAUUCAGCUUGCUUUUCCCUUUUUUGUACCAAUCAUGUUAAUAUUUGUUUUUUGUUAAGUUUACAAAAUGUUUAGGCCAACCCGGCCAUACACCUUCGCCUAAUAAUAUAUUUAUUACAUUUUUAAUUGUUUUAAUUUUAAUACUAUUUAAUCUUUAAAUGUAAGUUCUUACAACCAGUUAUUCCCUUCUGCUUUCUAAAUUGUACGUAUAUUCAAUAUAUAGAAAAGGUAUACAAUUUCUGUCCUCCCCGAUGAUGCAUUAAUUAUUGUCCUCAAUCCAACAUUGAUUUGUUUUCUGCAUACUUAAAUGAAAUGUAUGUUUAUUAGCGUGUUUUGUUCUUCUUAAUUUCUCAAGUAAGAAUUUGAAAAGCACAAUUUUCUCUUGUGUAUCAAAUGUUUAAUAUUGAGAUCAAUUUAAGACGAGGUUAAACCUUUAACGCUUUACACACAAUAGGUAGCAGAUGUGUACAGUAUGAUUAUAUAUGUAAUUGUUCAUGAUUUGAAAACUUUUCGUUCUUCAACGUACAUGUCCAGGUUAUUAUCAAAGUGUACGAUAUUUAGCUCAUUGAUUACUCUAAUACACAUGGAAUCCAUUAAUACCCAAAGAGUUAUCUGCAAUGAAAAUAAACAAAACAAAACUUCAACUUAGGAAUACUACUUUCA